AUGAAGCGCCGGCGCUGCAUCGUCGCCGUCGACGAGGUGCCCGGCUUCGUGCGCACGGUCUACACGCUCCUGCGCGUCUGCGACCCGGAGAUCAUCGCGUGGUCCGAGGACGGCACGCAGAUCGUCAUCAAGGAGGCGGAGCGCUUCGCGUCGGAGAUCUGCCCCAAGUUCUUCCGCCACCGCAACUUCAACUCCUUCACGCGCCUCCUCAACAUGUACCAGUUCCACAAGGUGCCCUCGGUGCAGCGCGACUCGAAGGACGUCUGCUUCGAGCACCCGCACUUCCAGCGCGGCCGCGACGACCUGCUGCCCCUCGUCCAGCGCAAG